UCUUCCCCCACUGACGUUGACCGUUGAAGAAGACAGUAGAGAGGGAUAGCUAAAUAGCCAGCGAGCCGGGCCGCCAUUUCCGCCGCUUUAACAGCCAGUGUAGCGCUAGUUUAGCUUUAGGUUUUAUUCAGGCGGCCAUGGAUGACUUUGACAUGCUGGGGAACGCGGGGAACGGCGUCGGGACGGAGGAGGACCCGGCCGCGGCCUUUCUGGCCCAGCAGGAGAGCGAGAUUGCGGGCAUUGAGCAGGACGAAGGCUUCAGCAUCCUGGACGGCGGAGAGGUUCCCUCUCACCUCGGUGCAGACCAGCACAACGGAGGAGCACUGAAUGGGGAUCUGCAUGAGAGUAACGGGCCAUCUGACGCAUACGCUGCCAUCUCCAGCGCUGACCGUCUGCAGGCGGAGCCGGAGAGCCUGCGCAAGUGGAGGGAGGAGCAGAGCGAUAGACUGGAGGAACUGGAUGCUAACUCGCGUCAGCAGGAGACUGAGUGGAAGGAGAAGGCGAAGGUGGAGCUUGAGGAGUGGCACGCCAGACAGGAUGAGCAGCUAGCUAAGACCAAAGUCAACAACAGGGUUUUGGAUGAGGAUUUCUACAAACAACCCUUCGCUCACCUGAUUGGUUAUGUCACUCAUAUUAACCAUCCUUGCUACCGCCUAGACCAGGCGGCAGAGGAGGCCAUGGUGUCGGAGCUGGAUGAGAACAAUCCCGGAACAGAGUGGGAGCGCGUGGCGCGCCUCUGCGACUUCAACCCCAAGUCCAGCAAGCAGGCCAAGGACGUCUCCCGCAUGCGCUCCGUUCUCAUUUCGCUUAAACAGUCCCCGCUGGUCCGCUAGGAGCCCCGCCUCCUCGCAUUUCAGUUCCGCACACUUCACAGAACUACAACUCCCAGCAGCCUGCAGGCCUUGCUGCCUCAGUUUUUAAGUGGCUGUGGUCCUAAAGGUUUUGAGACCUGUUUUCAUAUAUAAAUAAUCUAUAUGAUAUCCUUGUGUAAUAUGAUAUAGAUAUAUCUAUAUAUGUUUAUAUACAUAUAUAUAUUCCAUCUAUAAAUAUAUACAUAUAUAUAUAAAAAAAGAAAUGAUGCUUAAAGAUGCAGAUUGGUUUUAUUUUUAUUUUUUUGUUUUUUGUUUGUUUUUUUGGCAUCUGUUUAACGGACCAAACUCCAUAAGUGUGUUCUUGUUUCCAUUUAGAGUCUGCGUAUGGCAUUCGUGACUUUAUCAAUCUAUGCAUUUCUUCUCCGAGCUGUCAAGGAAUGAAGUACAAAGUGUCUCGUGUAUGUUGUAUACUGAUGGUAGGUGUAUCGUAUGUGUGCGCGUGCGUUUGUGCGCGUGUGAUCGUGUGUGUCCGGGGGGGGGGGGGGGGGGGGGGGGGGUUUGUGCGCCAGUAUCUCCGAGUGUGGAAACAGAAACACAACUAGUUGUUCAUGAACAGAACUGUACCUUGAUUGUUGUACCUUUUGUCGUUCUCUGAACUUAAUUCUGAUUAAAACAUGGUUGAAAUCUAA